AUGUGUUCGACGCCUGUGUCAUGUGUUCGACACCUGUGUCAUGCGUUCGACACCUGUGUCAUGUGUUCGACACCUGUGUCAUGCGUUCGACGCCUGUGUCAUGUGUUCGACGCCUGUGUCAUGUGUUCGACGCCUGUGUCAUGUGUUCGACGCCUGUGUCAUGUGUUCGACACCUGUGUCAUGCGUUCGACACCUGUGUCAUGUGUUCGACACCUGUGUCAUGUCGAUAGCCAGGUGCACCACAGUUUUGCACAAAUAGAUCUGGCCGAUAGGAAGGAGAUUGGAAGAAUGAACAAUGUUGUUGAGUUAUUUGCAAGACACCUAAACAUUCUUAUAGGUUGCAAACACUCAACGAGCAACAUUGCACAUACAGGAAUGUUAAAUGUACGAAAUUAUGAUAUUCAGAUGCUGAUGAUACAUGGAUUGGAAACUGAAAUUACCAAUUUAAGUAUUACUACUAGUGUUCAUAGUAGUAAUGGUGGAUUGACUCUUCAAAAUACGAAUCACAAUUCCUCAGUUCCAAAGCACGAAUCAGAAUUCCUCAGUUCUAAAGCACGAAUCAGAAUUUCACAUUUGCCGAAGGUUCUUCAAGGUGUAACACGCAUACCGUUGGAGUUAAGGGGUGAUCGUGACGAGAUAACACUGGAGACUAAUUGUGCUCUUCUCUCAUUGGCUGGUUGGAAUGAACAGUUACACCUUCACGUCUCUGGAAUCAUGGAAGCUGAACAUGUUGAGCUGUAUGUGGUUGAACUUUCAGCUGAACAUUUUCAACGGUAUGUGGUUGAACUUUCAGCUGAACAUUUUCAACGGUAUGAGAGACCAGAGGCACAAAGAGGCACUUCAGGAACUGUUUGGGACCUCAAGGAUGACCAUUGUUACAGUGCCUCGUCGUGGAGCGUGAGAGGCCAGUCAGACUUGCAGAAGCCGGGAUGGUUGGCGAUCGGGGUGGUCCUCCUGGCGACUUUCACCUUUGCACAAGACGCAGCCAACCCUCGCCAGCGGUCGAGGUUCCGCGGCAGACUACGGGAGCAGGGCCAGCAGACAGCAGCCUCCGUGCAGACGGAGACUGCUGUAGCCAACACUGUGGGCAGGAGACGUCUGGCCUCUGGUGCAGACACUAACACAGUGCCCAAGAGACCAGCAGCGGCGGCCUCCACCUCCAGGAACAGGAACAGAGUCCGGCCCCGCAUCCGGCCUGCAGCCUCCAGCCAGGGUAGCGACAAUGGCAAUGCCGUCGGUUCUUCCGGCGACCAAAACCGGUUGAUGGUGUGCUACUACACCAACUUCCAUAGUGGCUGGUCGUUCGGCACCAAGAAGUUCAAGGACAUGUCAGCGACGCGGUACACGCGUCAGACCUUCAUCUACAGCGCCGUCCCCUUCUUGAGGAAGCACCAGUUUGAUGGUCUGGACCUCGACUGGGAGUACCCCAAGGGACGAGACGACAAGGCCAACUUCGUCCUCCUCCUCAAGGAACUCUUCGAGGCGUUUGAAGCAGAGGGCAAGGAGACGGGCCAGCCGCGUCUCCUGCUGACUGCUGCAGUACCCGUCGGCCCUGACAACAUCCGCGGUGGCUACGACGUACCCGUCGUCUCCAGGUACCUGGACUUCAUCAACGUGAUGGCCUACGACUUCCACGGCAAGUGGGAGAACACCGUAGGCCACAACGCCCCGCUCUACGCCCCGUCCGACGACUCCGAGUGGAGGAAGCAGCUCUCCGUCGACCACGCCUCCAACCUGUGGGUCAAGCUAGGAGCGCCCAAGGAGAAGUUGAUCAUCGGGAUGCCCACCUACGGGCGGACCUUCACGCUCUCUGACCCCGCCCGCAACGCCGUCAACUCCCCGGCAAGCGGUGGCGGCGAGGCCGGCAAGUACACCAACGAGGGCGGCUUUAUGGCUUACUAUGAGGUGUGCGAGCACCUGCAGACCGGAGGGGAGUACGUGUGGCACGAAGAGAUGCAGGUGCCGUACAUGGUGAAGGACAACCUCUGGGUGGGCUUCGACGACGAGCGGGCCAUCCGGAAUAAGAUGCAGUGGAUUAAGAAGAACGGCUUCGGGGGCGCCAUGGUCUGGACCAUUGACAUGGAUGACUUCACCGGAUCCAUAUGUGGGGAGGGGGUCAAGUACCCCCUUAUGGGUAUCAUGAGAGAGGAGAUGAUGGGUGUCCCGCGCGGCGGCCGGGACGUGGACUGGGCGGCGGUGACCCGCGUCUCCAUAGCCACCAGGACCACGCUGCCGCCCCCCAUCGCCAUCGACCCUAUGGCGCUCAUCAAGAACACCCUGGCCAGGCAGACCAUCGAGGCCUCUCCCAGGAUCGACAUCAUUCCCUCCACCCCAAGAGACGCCCCCAAAGUCCUCUGCUACUACACGUCCUGGGCAGUGAAGCGGCCUGGCGCGGGAAGAUUCGAACCUGAGAACAUUGAUCCAUUCCUGUGUACUCACGUCAUCUACGCCUUCGCUGGGAUGGAGGACUACCGCCUGGCUCCUGGGGAUCCCACAGACCUCGGCGACGGCUUCAAGGAGGGAACAUACACCAGGCUGAUCAAACUCAAGGAGAAGAAUCCCGCCCUUAAGGUGAUGCUGGCCCUUGGCGGGUGGGCGUUUGGGUCCAAGCCUUUCAGGGACCUGGUGUCCAACCAGUUCAGGAUGAACGGUUUCGUCUACGACGCUCUCGAGUUCCUCCGUCUGCACGAGUUUGACGGCCUUGACAUCGACUGGGAGUACCCUCGAGGCCCCGACGACAAGGCGAACUACGUCAACUUCCUGAAGGAACUCCGCCUGGCCUUCGAAGGAGAAGCCAAAUCAACAGGCAACGCCCGGCUGCUGCUCUCCGCCGCCGUCCCUGCGUCCUUUGAGGCACUCGCUGCUGGAUACGACGUGCCGGAGAUCAGCAAGUUCCUUGACUUCAUCAACAUCAUGUCUUACGACUUCCACGGUCAGUGGGAGAACGUUGUGGGACACAACGCCCCGCUCCUGCCCCUGGAGACAGCCUCCUCCUACCAGAAGAAACUCACUGUCGACUACAGCGUGAGAGAGUGGAAGAAGCAGGGGGCACCGGCGCAGAAGAUCAUGGUCGGGAUGCCCACCUACGGCCGUUCCUUCACCCUCCAGAACAUGACCAAGUUCGACAUCGGGUCAGAGGUCGUCGGGGGUGGCCACGAAGCCCGCUACACCCAAGAAGAAGGCUUCAUGGCCUACUACGAGGUGUGUGAGUUCCUGUUCGAGGAGAACACAACGUUGGUGUGGGACAACGAGCAGCAGGUGCCCUUCGCUUACCGGGGCGACCAAUGGCUUGGCUUCGACGACGAGAGGUCCCUGGCUGUCAAGGGUGACUGGCUGAAGACGGAGGGGCUCGGGGGAGUGAUGGUGUGGAGUGUGGACAUGGACGACUUCAGGGGGAACUGUGGCGCCGGCAAGUACCCGCUCCUCAGCACCCUCACCCAGGCUCUCUCCAACUACACCGUCGCCCUCACCUACGAGGGACCCUACGAGAACACUGGCACUCUCGACGGCACCAGUGCCAAGCGUGACCCCACGGUGAUAACCUGCGACGAGGCGGACGGCCACAUCAGCUACCACGAGGACAAGGCCGACUGUACCCGAUACUUCAUGUGUGAAGGGGAGAGGAAGCACCACAUGCCCUGCCCCGUCAACCUCGUCUUCAACUCCGCUCAGAACGUCUGCGACUGGCCGGAGAACGUCCCAGGCUGCGAGAACGCCAUCCCCAACCCCGCGCGACGGUGAACACUAAAACCCGGAAAAAACGCACAAAAAAUAAUUAGCGCGUUAGAAGACCGUGAGAUGCUGGGCGUGCCGGAGGACCUCCCGAGGCUGCCUACGCCGCCCUCAGCGCCUCUACACCACCCCGGAAUAUUAAACAGAAGAAAGCAAAACAUUGUGAUUCCCUUCCCGGUGCCAGGAAUAGAUUAUUUUGAUAGUAUGAGGUAAUGAUAGAGAACUAAUGGGGGAGGGGGGGGGGAUUUAACAGGAGAGGAUUUAAUGGGAAGGGGGGGUGGGAUUUAUCACGAGGGGCGGGUUGAUGGGGAAGGAUUAUGGAGAUAAUGUUCCUAGAGGUCAAUACACAGCCUGGAAAGAGAUAUGAAAGUGGUGUCGUGGACCAAUGGGGAUUUCAUUGUUACUAGACCAUUAUUCUAUUAAGAUUAUUAGUCAUUUGAAAGAAUACUUGACAGGCUUAAUGUGUUUAAAACCUGUGUGGGUGCUCGUGGAGGCCCUCAGCCGUGUAGGAGGGCUUGUGGAGGCACUCAGCCGUGUAGGAGGGCUUGUGGAGGCACUCAGUCGUGUAGGAGUGCUUGUGGAGGCACUCAACCGUGUAGGAGUGCUUGUGGAGGCACUCAACCGUGUAUGAGUGCUUGUGGAGGCACUCAACCGUGUAGGAGUGCUUGUGGAGGCACUCAGCCGUGUAUGAGUGCUUGUGGAGGCACUCAACCGUGUAGGAGGGCUUGUGGAGGCACUCAACCGUGUAGGAGGGCUUGUGGAGGCACUCAACCGUGUAGGAGGGCUUGUGGAGGCACUCAACCGUGUAGGAGUGCUUGUGGAGGCACUCCAUCAUGUAUGAGUGCUUGUGAAGGCACUCCAUCAUGUAUGAGUGCUUGUGAAGGCACUCCAUCAUGUAUGAGUGCUUGUGAAGGCACUCCAUCAUGUAUGAGUGCUUGUGAAGGCACUCCAUCAUGUAUGAGUGCUUGUGAAGGCACUCCAUCAUGUAUGAGUGCUUGUGAAGGCACUCCAUCAUGUAUGAGUGCUUGUGAAGGCACUCCAUCAUGUAUGAGUGCUUGUGAAGGCACUCCAUCAUGUAUGAGUGCUUGUGAAGGCACUCCAUCAUGUAUGAGUGCUUGUGAAGGCACUCCAUCAUGUAUGAGUGCUUGUGGAGGCACUCCAUCAUGUAUGAGUGCUUGUGAAGGCACUCCAUCAUGUAUGAGUGCUUGUGAAGGCACUCCAUCAUGUAUGAGUGCUUGUGAAGGCACUCCAUCAUGUAUGAGUGCUUGUGAAGACACUCCAUCAUGUAUGAGUGCUUGUGAAGACACUCCAUCAUGUAUGAGUGCUUGUGAAGGCACUCCAUCAUGUAUGAGUGCUUGUGAAGGCACUCCAUCAUGUAUGAGUGCUUGUGAAGGCACUCCAUCAUGUAUGAGUGCUUGUGAAGACACUCCAUCAUGUAUGAGUGCUUGUGAAGGCACUCCAUCAUGUAUGAGUGCUUGUGAAGGCACUCCAUCAUGUAUGAGUGCUUGUGAAGGCACUCCAUCAUGUAUGAGUGCUUGUGAAGGCACUCCAUCAUGUAUGAGUGCUUGUGAAGGCACUCCAUCAUGUAUGAGUGCUUGUGAAGGCACUCCAUCAUGUAUGAGUGCUUGUGAAGGCACUCCAUCAUGUAUGAGUGCGUGUGUGCUAUAACCAACCAUUAGCCAGUGUUCUUUUCAUUUGAAUAUUACUUUAUAUCAUUUUAAUUCAGACUGGUAAAUUAUACUGUGUUGCCUAAGUCCUGUCAUUCAUUCAUCCCAUUUCUGAAAAGAAAUCUCAUCAAAUAAUAAGAAAUAUCUGGCAAUAUGUUGGUGCCACGAAAAUAGGUUCUGAACACAAUUUGGGAUCACGACAGUAGGCUCUGAACACAAUUUGGGAUCACCAAAGUAGGUUCUGAACACAAUUUGGGAUCACGAAAAUAGGUUCUGAACACAAUUUGGGAUCACGAAAAUAGGCUCUGAACACAAUUUGGGAUCACCAAAGUAGGUUCUGAACACAAUUUGGGAUCAUCAAAGUAGGUUCUGAACACAAUUUGGGAUCACCAAAGUAGGUUCUGAACACAAUUUGGGAUCACCAAAGUAGGUUCUGAACACAAUUUGGGAUCACCAAAGUAGGCUCUGAACACAAUUUGGGAUCACCAAAGUAGGCUCUGAACACAAUUUGGGAUCACCAAAGUAGGCUCUGAACACAAUUUGGGAUCACGAAAAUAGGCUCUAAACACAAACUGGCGUCACCAAAGUAGGUUCCGGGCACAAAUUGACGUCAUCAAAGUCGGUUCUGAAUACAAUUUGGCGUCACCAAAGUAGGCACUGAAUACUUAUCCUAAAUACAUACAUGUACGUAUAAAUAUAUAUAUAUAUAUAUUAUUCAAAUUAUAUUAAACAAAAAAAUCCUAAUCAAAUUUUUAUUAUUUGAGUUUUCCAUAAAAUAUUUCAGAUGUAAUUGAUAUGUGAUACAAGUAUUAAUGACGUUUUCACUCUGUUGCUGUGGUUGUCUCCGCUCUUGUGAAGACUGACGCGCUCGCAAAGGGAUCAAUGUCUUCAUCUUGGGGUUCCAAUACUUUAAAAGUUACUGCAGCCUCAAAUACGUGAUCGUAUUAUUUAUUAUAAAUGGCGUGUCUUUACGGAUUGUAUUUACAGCAAAUACCCAUUUUUUUUUCUUACAAGCACAUACAAGUCUUCUAUGCUUUGCUGAAGACUCUGUGUGUAUAUAUAUAUUUUUCCAAUCACAUCCUGGCAUUGAUAACCUAUCAGACACUUCCUUCCUGCUCCAAUAGAUGGCGCUCACCGCUCUUGCUAGGCCAGAGAAUUAGUUUAUAUUCACAUAAUCAAAUAGGGGAAAGAACGGACGCAAUUUUUUUUUAGCAGUAAAUAGAACAAAACUGAACAGUUUUAUCCUUGACGUUCAGUAAUGAUUGUGUCGAGUGUUGUAUAAAGUCGCAGCUCGACCGUUUGUCUCUUCUCUCCUCACGAUAGACUGUAACAAUCUGUGACAAUGUUUAGUGAGACUGUGAAAUAAAUGUACAUAUGGUUUGUAA